ACACUCUGGAAUGCCUGCAUAUGAGAAGCAUCUGCUAGUACACGUUAAUUUGUAGCGAAAACCUUUGAGUGGGAAAACACAUGCAAUGUUUGACAAGUUUCUGCUAUGUCCUGGGGACAGGGUCGGCGUAUCCACAGCACAGCUAACAGACAGACAGACUCGUGUGGCAUCGGUAGCUAUUCAGACUAAUUAAUGUUGAUCUAUAAUUGUGGGGCUUGGACCUUUUAGCUAUCUAUUCAUCUCCAGACUAUUACUGUUGUGGAAUGGAUACGGUGGUGCUAAACGGUGUAUCCCUGCAGAUGCAGGUCUGUGGAUGUUUGACUGCGGGGAGGGAACCCAGACACAGCUAAUGAAGAGCAGUCUUCGACCCGGUCGCCUCACCAAGAUCUUCAUCACUCACCUCCACGGAGAUCACGUAUUUGGUCUGCCGGGACUGCUGUGUACCGUAAGCCAGAACAGCUCUGAAGACAGAUCUCCAGUAGAGAUCUACGGUCCACUGGGUCUCAGGAAGUUCCUCCGGACAGCUCUCCACCUCUCUCGCUCUGUUCUCGGGUUCCAGAUAGCCGUUCACGAACUGUGGCACGACAGAAAACCUGAAGAUAUCGAUGGAAUUGUGGGGUGGAGUCCCAGCUACGUGGCAGAGGAUGAGCCACACCCACAGGAAGUGGGUGGCAGAAACAUCCACUCCAAUGAACAAGGAUACUGGGAACUUUGCCGUGAAGGUGGUCUAUCAGUGUGUGCAGCUCCUCUGAGACACAGGGUCAUGUGUUUUGGUUACGUCAUUACUGAGGAUCCCCUGCCUGGCAAACUGUUGGUGGAGAAGGCUAAGUCACUGGGAGUGCCCCCAGGGCCUUUGUAUGCCAGACUGAAGCAGGGACACACUGUCACCACUCCCGACGGCAGAGAGGUGUCCUCUGCAGAGGUGGUCGGUCCCUCUCGCCCCGGACGGAAGCUGGUUGUCCUGGGAGACACUGCAGACAGUUCACUGGUUGCCCCGCUCGCCCGCGACGCUGAUGUCAUCGUUCACGAGGCCACCAAUGAGGCAGCUCACCAGGAGAAGGCUAGGGCCAAUGGCCACUCCACACCUGGAAUGGCAGCAGAGUUCUGCCAGGAGGUGGGAGGGAGGAGACUGAUACUGACCCACUUCAGUCAGCGGUACCGUGGGGAGGGGGAGGAGGUGGGGGAGGGGGAGGAGGGGGUGGGGAAAUUGCUGGGGGAGGCACAGGAGGCACUAAAUGGAACUGGAAUCAGUGUGGAGACUGCAGACGAUUUCAAGACAUUCGUAAUCCCAGCCAAAAAGACUUAAAAAUCAUGACUCUACUACAGCAUGGUUUCAGUACAAUGUAUUAGUAUUCUGUGUACAUUUGUGUUUCAGAAGAUCAGGCUGUCAAAUGAAAUUCCAAAUAACUCUCUGCCCAACGUCUUCAUUAAACUCAAAUAUGUCUUCCUGAUCGUUGCCACAUACUGAUGGAGAUGAGAUAUCUCCAGACAUUCCUUGAGACGAGGGUCUAGACCAGAGAAUGACUGUAGAACUGCAGUGUCUGGAGCAGUGAAUGAGGGAAGAGAGCAUAACUUCUGUCCCUCCUCCUUCCUCUUGGAAAAUA